AUGCUGAAAAGGACAUCGAAAGCAGUGUUGAUUAUAUCGACAUUGCUAAACAUUUAUUCAAGCGCGGAAGUGUCAUUAUUUGGAGCAUUUCAAAGCCAGUCUGGUAUUGAAAAAUUUCAAAAUGCUACAGCCAAGCUAAAUAUGACAGAUAAAAGUUUUUACACAAAAUGGAACUCCAGUCAUGGCUUAUCCUUUGUAAUAUCGCAAAUGGAAGAGCUUAGAACGAAAAUCAAACAGAGUGAUUCCAGCAAAAAUAUUGUGUUUAGCGAUACUCAGGGCAUGCAAAGCGAAAUGGUCAAAGAGCUGUUGCUGAUUCAAGAAGAUACGAAAACAAAUGUUUCCAGGAAUAAAACGAUUUGCUAUGACAAUGGGUUAAAUGGAAAAUACCAGCCAUCUGGAGCAGACAGCCUGCUAUCCGUUCUGAACAAAGUCAGUUUCCCAUCAAGUUAUGUUUCAAUAGUUGUCGACAAAACAAGAUCUGGUGAAGAAACACUAACGCACUUGAUCAAGAAAAUGUAUGACAUUAACAAAAACGUUGUUACAAUCUCAUUACUCAAAAAGCCGUUCACAAAGGAAAGUUUUGAAUCUUCUGCAUUGACUGGCAAUGAUAUUUUUCUGGUUGAUUCUGACGGAGUUUCUGCUAGACAGGUAUUCGAUUUAGCCGAAGAAGCUGGUGUAUCAGGAUUGAACGAUCCUUUGAAAUGGGUAUUAUCGAAGCGUACUAUGGACACGUUAUCUUCAACAUGCCGCCUUCCAGAUGGCAAAUAUUAUGGUGCCCGACAAGAAGCUGUGAUACCUAAUGAAGGAUACAUUAUAAACAAAGUAGUGGAAUGCCAACAUAAUACCUUUGCAUGUAGACGUUGCUCGCAAAGCUCCAAUUCCUCAACUGCUUAUCAACUAUGGACAAACACAAAUUCAACGUCUGGGUACUCCUGGAUAGAGCUUAUAAAAAAGAAUCAACCUUUAGACGACCAUAUAGUUUCUAUGCAAGGCUUGAAUCCUCUUUUAAGAAGAUUUAGGGUAGCAGUGGCGGAAACUGCACCUUGGUUGAUGGUAGCAGAGCUCUAUAAGUUGCACGAGAGCAAUCUUCCUUGUGGAAAAAGUGGAAGACUUGGGCUUCGGCCUAAAUUGAACAAUUCAGAGUUCGUCUGCUUCUAUGGUUUUGCAAUUGACAUAUUGAAAGCUGUCGAAGAAAGAAUGAAGAUUGUUGGUAUCAUAAAGCUUUCCAAAGAUGGAAAAUAUGGAACAAUUGAUCCAAAGACGGGACUAGCCGAUGGGAUAGUCGGAGAAAUCGCAGCUGGCGAAGCAGAUUUUGGACUUGAUCUUAUUGAAGACAAAACUAGAAAUAAGGUCAUUAGUUUCUCAUCCCCAUAUUCCGUAACAUCCUUUGCUGUAGCUUAUUUACAGCAGUUUAGUUACAAAGAAGCUGAUGUUUUUCAGCCAUUUAGCAAGCAAUUAUGGCUCACUAUUGUUGGUACAAUUGCCUUACUGGUUAUCAUAGUAUGGAUAUGGGAACGAAUCAGUCCAUACAGCCAGUACCAAGUAAAUAAGCGUACUACAAACGAAUCAAGAGCUUUCGGCUUGGAUGACAGUGCAAAUUACAUUAUGGGUACAUUUUUCACUGGCGAGAUCAUCGACCAAAAGCCGAAAACUUUUGGAAGUCAUGUUGCUAUCAUAGUGAUAUCAUUUGUGUCAAUUUUGGUCAUAUCCGCAUAUUCUGCCAAUUUGAUCACUUUUCUGGUGGUGUUGGAUGAGGAACCUCUGAUAACUGGACUUACUGACGAAAAGCUUAUUGGUGAUUCAAGCAAACUUACGGUUGGAAUUCAUGGUAGUUCAGUGGUAUCUGGAUAUUUGGCCUCGCAUUCAAAUCCUAAAGUACGGAAGCUGUCAGAAUCCAGAGUGAAACAUUACCGACAGUUUGAUAUGGCUGUGAAAGCUCUUGUAAACAAAGAAGUGGACCUUAUUCUGUAUGACUACUAUUCUAUUGCAUACACUCAGGCCCUAGACAGAGAUUGCAUGAUCAAAGUACUCAGACUUAAUGACGCUGAAAUGGGUGUUGGCUUAACGUUCAGUAAGACGUUUGCAUGGAAGAGAAGAUUGAAUUUAGCAGCUAUCGAUAUAUCUAACUCUGGCAAAUCAGAUGAUUUUGUGCAAAAAUGGUUCAACCAGCAGAUAUGCCGUAGCUCCAACAUAUUUUAUUCGCUAGAUAUCAAACGAAUGUCAUUAUUGUUCGUGUGGCUUUCUGUUGGAAUUUUGGCCUGUAUAGUCAUAAUGUGUAUUGUUGUACUGAUAAAGAAGAUAAAAACUCUAACUAGGAGGGGAUGA